AUGUUCGAGGAAAUUGAUCGUAUCCUGUUUGACAACUCGAAUUUCGAUCCACCAGAUUCCCUAUUGAAGCAUACAACAAUGACGACGACAACAACAACAAACUUUGAUGAUGAACAGCCUCACGGUAUGAAAAAUUCAAACAGUGUCAAUGCAUCUUCAUGUAUGAAUGAUUAUCCUCCGAUUGGCCUAGAUAAUUUAGCAUCAUUAUCUUUAAAUUUUGUGGAAAAUCGAAACCCACCUUACCAUUAUCCUGAUCAUCCUAAUUCAUCAGUUACAUAUUGUAUAAAUAGUAAUCCGUGUGGAAUUCAAGAUCAUUUGUUUUAUGAAUGUAAAGACUGGCUAUCUCGAUUCCCGCAUUUACGUGUUGUUGGCAAACAAAUAAUACUUUCAAAUGAAUCUCCUGUUCAUCAUGAUGUUGAUAGUUUUCUCAUACCAGAGUUUUCUAACAUGAUUAAUGUUUCAUGCACAACCGGGGAUACAUCUCUAAAUAUGGAGAAAUUUAUCAUUACUGACAAUAGAUUGAAUUAUACACAUGAAAUGGGCCAAAUUGGAGCACAUUUUUCAAAUCCAUCAACAUUGGAAAAUGGCAUGGAAGAAGAAAUAUUUGCCGUAGAUGGUGAUUAUGAAGAAUUUAUGAAUGGUGUAACUGUAAAUAGCAGUUACAAUCUAGUUUGUAAUAACGAACAAGGUAAACAAUUGUCAUUGUGUGAACACCAAUAUUUUCAUAAUAAAUUUUCACUUGAUAAAGAGCCUAAAUUAAUAAAGUCUCAUCAAAGUAGCCAACAUCAUGAUUGUCCUAAUCAUCACGGUUAUCAUCAUUUUAGACAUAAACACAGAGAAAAAGCAAAUCCUGCUGCAACACAUUCAAAUCGAAAAGAAUGUCACAAAAAAUUAUGCAUUUUACCUGAUACCGCAUCUAAGUCUUGUCUCCUUUCAUCGCCUACAAACAAUAGUAAAGCAUUGGAAAGUGCUAGGCGGUCCAAUAAUUUGGAAAACUGCUAUUCGGAAAGCAGUAUUACGCUGCCAUCAUCGAAUCCAGUUGAAGUGAUUCUUCAAAUGAUAUCUAAACAGUUAUGGAACGAUCUCACAGAAUGGAUGAAAGUGUCACUAUCUGAAAAUAUGCUUUCAACCAUGAACAAAUAUGAAACUAAUGAAAAUAGUCAAAAAGCUUAUCCGCAUAGUCCAUCUCAGUUUCGUCAGCUACAAGAUGCCACAUUAUCACGAUGUAAUUCAUCGGUUGAUGCUCAAAAUUCAUUCUCUUUGCCAUCGUUUCGACAACCUAAACAAACAAAGCAUUCCAAUCUAGAUACAUCGCAUUGUCCCGGCAGUCAACAUAUUGUGCAAACUAACGAAUCGAAUGUUAAACUUGCUGAUCUAUUGCAAAUUUCAGCCAAAACACUACAAACACGGGAAAAAUCGUUAGUUCAAGAAAGUAACGAAGCUUUUGCUAGAAUACAGUACACAGGAAGUAAUAAUGUUUUAAAAAACCCAUCAAAUAAUCAUCUGAUAUAUUCUACAGUCGGUUCACAGUUGACAUCGGUGACUAUGACCACCAUCACUACAGCAGUAUCACGUAUUAGUCCACAAUCUGUUGGAACUAUUUCUAUAAACAGGCCAAUAUCCAGUUUACACAAUAAAUUAGUAACCAAUGUUCCACGUAAAGUUAUACCGACAUGUAAUCAUGCUGUACCUGAAAUACCUCAUCAUAGUGGAACUGGUGGAGUUGGUGUUAUUGGUAUUGCCGCUAACUUACAUCAAAACGGAAGACUUGCUCCAUUAGAUAGAUUACGUACACCUCUACCAUCACAAUACUCUUCUAUAAUGGAGGAACACUCAGUUAAUAGAGCAACAACAACCACAAUAAUACAUUUUACAAAUACAGAGAAUUCUCUUAACUCGACAUGUUCGACAAGUUUAGUAAAAUGUCGUAAUUUAAAUGAUGGUCAAUUGUUAUCUCCUGUCACAGUAUGUCUUCCCCUUACACCAUUCCCAUUAAUAACAACAACAAUACUGCACACUAAUUCUGAUUCAAUAAAUAAUAAUAGUAGUCAAACAUCGUCAUCAGUGAAUGCAACCAACAUGUUGAAUGAAUCUUCUAUAAGUUCACGUAAUUUCAUGUUACCUCCGUUGCCUAAUCCAACAAAUAUUUUAUCAACUGUUAAACCAAGUUUAUGUUUUCCCACACAUAACCUUUUAAAUACAGAAUUAAAUCUGCCAAGUUCAAAGAUUAAUUUCUCUGUGAUUAAUAAGACUGGAUUCGGAGUCUAUCAGAAUAUUGAAAAAACUAACCAGCAUACAAUAAAUUCACCACAUACAGGAAUGAGCGGGAAUCAUCUAUUCGGACAACAGAAUAGUAAUAGCAAUACUUUUGGUAAUACAUCUCUUUUUACACAAAGAAUCACACCGAAAUCAUCUACAAAUUGGAAUCGAAAUUCUCCGAAGCAAACUAUAUUCCCUUUACCGCCUAUUGAUAUUUCCAAGGAUCGACUUGGAAGACAACAAAAAUUAUGGAGACCGUAUAGUUCCAGACCGUCAAUGAUAAAUAAGUCAAUUAUAAAUUCUUCCCAGAUGUUAACAAGAGCUUGUUCAACAUUGUUAAUUAAAAAUUCUGAAAUUUGUAAUGAUUCAUGUUCAACAAAAAUAAGUCCAGCCGUGUUUAUUGGCUCCACAACCAACUCAUUAAGAGAUAACGAUGCAGUUACGCGUUGA